UUUGAGAGACAUAUUAAAGCUACAUUCAAUCAUUUGAUAUGAGUGUGUGUGAAACGACUUAGAUAUGUGUCAGUAGCUCGCUAGCUUAAGCAGCACGAACGUAAUCUUCAGAUGGGAGUUAGUGUGUAAACGCUGGUGAACCAUCACGGUCAAAUAAAACGCGCCGGUCCUCUGCUGAGCUGAACGACCAGUUCCUGGCCCCGGUGACGGCAGGAGGGAGGACUGAAGCCAAGCGUCAAGAUGAAAUUCACAGAGCAUCUCUCCGCUCACAUCACCCCGGAGUGGAGGAAGCAGUACAUACAGUAUGAGGCUUUCAAAGAGAUGCUGUAUGCUGCUCAAGACCAGGCACCAUCUAUCGAAGUCACAGAUGAAGAUACAGUUAAGAGAUACUACGCCAAGUUUGAGGAGAAGUUCUUUCAGACAUGUGAAAAAGAACUGGCCAAGAUCAACACCUUCUACUCUGAAAAGCUAGCUGAGGCUCAGCGGCGUUUCGCCACACUUCAGAAUGAGCUGCAGUCCUCACUGGAUGCCCAGAGAGAGAGCGCAGUUAACAGUAGUGGCCUGAGGAGGAGGAAGACGGUGUUCGCCCUGUCGCAGCAGGAACGAUGUAAACACAGAAACAUCAAGGAUCUGCAGCUGGCUUUCUCCGAGUUCUACCUGAGCCUCAUACUACUGCAGAACUAUCAGAACCUGAACUUCACAGGUUUCAGGAAGAUCCUAAAGAAGCAUGAUAAGAUUUUGGAGACUUCGAGGGGGGCCGACUGGAGGGUGGCCCAUGUUGAAGUGGCUCCGUUUUACACAUGCAAGAAAAUCACACAGCUCAUCUCUGAAACUGAGGCACUGGUCACAACAGAGUUGGAAGGUGGUGACAGGCAGAAGGCCAUGAAGAGGCUGAGGGUACCUCCCCUGGGAGCUGCACAGCCUGCACCUGCUUGGACCACGUUUAGAGUCGGACUUUAUUGUGGAGUAUUCCUUGUCUUAAUGGUUACAGUGGUCAUUACAGGAGCUGUUAUGAUUCGUAGUCCUGAUGUGUGGCCCAUGGUCAGGAUCUACAGAGGAGGAUUCCUCUUGAUAGAAUUUCUCUUCCUGUUAGGCAUCAACACGUAUGGCUGGAGGCAGGCAGGAGUCAACCAUGUGCUCAUAUUUGAACUCAACCCCAGGAACAACCUGUCCCACCAACAUCUGUUUGAGAUUGCAGGUCUGCUGGGUGUGCUGUGGUGCAUUAGCCUGCUGUCCUGUCUCUUCAGUGACAGCAUCCUGGUACCAAUGCAGGCAAACCCUCUGGCUCUGUACGGCUUCUUCCUGCUCUUUCUCAUCAACCCUCUCAAGACGUGCUACUACAAGUCACGAUUCUGGCUGCUCAAACUCCUGUUUCGAGUGGUGACAGCUCCAUUUCAUCAUGUUGGCUUCGCAGACUUUUGGCUGGCUGAUCAGCUGAACUCUCUAGUGGUGGUUCUGAUGGAUCUGGAGUAUAUGAUCUGUUUUUACAGUUUUGAACUGGACUGGACAAAACAUGAUGGACUAAUCAGCAGAGAUAAAAGAGUGUGCAACUCCUACUCCUAUGGUGUCCGUGCGGUUAUCCAAUGCCUUCCUGCUUGGUUCAGAUUUGUCCAGUGUCUGCGACGUUACCGUGACACCAAACGGGCCUUCCCUCACUUGGUUAACGCGGGGAAAUACUCAACGUCUUUCUUUGUCGUCACCUUUGCUGCCCUGCACAGUACACACAAAGCUGAAAAACACGAUGACAACCAGAUCUUCUUCUACUUGUACAUCAGCUGUUUAGUUGUCAGCUCAUGUUACACACUGGUCUGGGAUCUGAAGAUGGACUGGGGCCUAUUUGACCGCAAUGCAGGAGAGAAUACCUUUCUGAGAGAGGAAAUAGUCUAUCCUCAUAAGGCCUAUUACUACAGUGCUAUAGUGGAGGAUGUGCUGCUGCGUUUCUCAUGGACUUUGACUGUCACCCUCAGCGCAGUGUCUGGGUUUACUGGCAUCUCUGAUAUUCUGGCUACUUUGCUCGCCCCGAUGGAAGUCUUUAGGCGUUUUGUGUGGAACUUUUUCCGGCUGGAGAACGAACAUCUCAACAACUGUGGUGAGUUCAGGGCUGUCAGAGACAUCAGCGUAGCUCCGCUCAAUGCUGAUGACCAGACCCUGUUGGAGCAAAUGAUGGACCAGGAAGAUGGAGUCAGAAACCGACAGGGCAAGAAGAGCUGGAAGAGGAGCUAUAGCAUGAGUCUACGUAGGCCAAGGCUUGCCUCACAGUCCAAGACCCGUGACACCAAGGUUUUGAUAGAAGACACUGACGAUGACUCCUGACAUCAGGCCACACCCCUCGCCUGGGUCCAGAAUUUGUUCAAAGGAGGGAACUCCACCUCCUAACUUAGGAAUUACCCAGCGAGUUGGGCGUUGAACUCUCAACCAAGGACGAGUUUUAAACUCAUGCCGACAUAAUCUGUUUUCAGGAGCCUCUGCUCGGGUUCAGAAUUAUUCCAACUUAAACAAACUUGUACAAACAUCCUACCCGAAAGGCCAUCAACUUUCUACUGCAACCUUCAAUAAGACCCAAGGGGGGGCUUAUCACUUACACUCUACCUUACCCAGCAGCGGGGGACAAACCUACACAACCAAAACCACACAGAGGUGGACUCCAGAACUACACCCUACACCUUCACCAUUGCUUUGGUUCUCCUCAAAGCCUCAGCCUAGUAUGAACAAUGCAGCAAAAUGGAACACAAGCCGAUCGCUCUGACGGAAGUGUCCCCACUCCCUGUCCGUGCCACAUAACUCAACACAGGAAGAGACUGCUUCAAGCUGACUGCUGUUAAAAUGUUGAAAAGUUUUACUUCCUGCUCUAUAGCUUUUAGUCUCCUCCUACACUCCGAGCGUUCAGAUAACAAGGCCUUGAAUAAAUUAUGUACCACCUCAAGUUCAUCUGUAAUUUGGACCCAGGAGUGAAUCUGAAGCCCUUUCUUCUAGGAGAAUAAACAGAUUUCUAAAGUAAACAGACCCUUGGCGUUUACGCUGGCCAGCAGAAUAUGCAGACACACAUUUGGACUGUCAUUGCUUUUCAGCUUGUCGCAUCAUCACAGAGCUGCCUAUCUACACCUUACAGGCUUUAGAAACACACAGAAACAUGCACUUUGUAGGAAGAGUCUAUUGGAAUGCCUGUUGUGUUCACACACACACACCUACACACACUCACACACACUCAUAAGCAGUGAUUUUAAGAUGUUUUAUUGAACCUGGGUUGAAAAGAAACACACGCACACAAAAAUAAACACAAGCGAUAGAUUUGUUGUAACCGUGGUUGUUGUAAAUAUGAAAUGGACCAAAGCAGCAGGAGGUGGUGUGAAAAUAUUCAGAAUUAAAAACUACUGUAUUGAACAGCAGCUGGAAUGACUGUUCAGCCAGAGAGCUGAGAAGGAUUUUUUUUUGUAUCCUGCAGUAACUCCCAGUUACCCUGUGUAAUGAAAGACCAUCCGUUGGAAAGUAAAACCAUUUUUGUUGAAUAUAUGCCAAUGUAUUUAUGUGUGGGAGCGAUGCUCAAAUACCACCAGUCAUCCCAUUCAAGCCAAUCAAUUUUUCAAAAACGAAAUAGAGUGAAGAUGAAUCCAGAGAAAUUUUGUAUUCCGUGCCUUUAAAUCUUGAAAGAAAGAUUGAAGACUCUGAUUGUACACUGCUGGUUUAUGAAACUUAUUGUCAUCUGUCAAACUUGUUCACUGAAAUGUGAUGCUGGUGAUGAAGAGGGGGGAGGUUGCCUGUCAGUCACAUGCUAGAUUUUAACUGUCAGUGUGCGUGCGUGCUUGUGCCUGUGUGUGGUUUUCAUGGCAAGUUUUUUUCCCUACACACAGACAACCUUGUUUUUCUUUAGUUGCAUAAUGCAUAGGCUGGCCCAUAUGGCCUUAUCCCUCAAAAGUAUCUUUGAAAUUGUGAAAACUGACCAAAGUGUCCUCAGUCCAAAUCAGUUCUGUGGAAAUGUAUUUACUUACUGUGUAAUUUAUUACAUGAGAGGCAUUAUUCUUGUCUUCAGGAAAUGUGAUCCCCUCAGUGUUUUUCUUAUUUUUACCCAACCAUUGUGGUUUAGCCUCUGUAGUUUGAGUGUCCAUCAACAGCAUCACUGCAGGCACUAAUUUCAGUGUUUGUUGACAAUUCAUCAGAGCCAUAAAACCGAAUCCUCUAAUCUGGUUUUGAAGAGACAGUUGUGUUUACACUGGAGACAUUUUUUUUAAGAUUUUAAGAUUAAGACUUCUUAAAGGAAAAAUUUAGAUGGUUUUAGCUGGUAUUGUCAACAACUGUUGUGACCAUUUAGAACAUUCAGAAUGAAAUGAUUUCAGUGCAAGUACAUCCAUUAGUACUGCAUUGAGUUCAGCUUUGUCCCACAAAUGAAUUCAACUGACCAACUGCAAGCUGUCCUGAUGGUGUUUGCCUUUGAAAAGACGGACUGCUAAAGAGUCCAAAAAGGAUAUUGCUAUUGUAUCAAGUAAAAGUUGUUCAACAACAGAGGAUUACAUUGAAAAUAAUUAGCAGUUAUAUGUUAUUGUUCCAUUAUUAAUCAAGCUAAGUUCAUUGGCUCCUUAUCUUAAAGAAUUGUAUUUGUUAUAAGACGUUUUGUGAGCAGCAGCAGAGGAUCUAUAGAAGUCUUCCUAGUGCUAUAUCUGCGGAUAUCUCAGCAGCCACAGCAGAAUAAUUAAUCAUUCAAUCAAAUUUUGUUUGUAUAGCCCAUAUUCACAAAUCACAAUUCGUCUCAUAGGGCUUUAACAAAGUGUGACAUCCUCUGCCCUUAACCCUCAACAAGAGUAAGGAAAAACUACUAAAAAUGACAGAAUAAACCCUGUCAACAGCUGAACUCAUCUGCAUCGCUCUGUCGUGGGACCAGGCCUUAGAGAUCCAGUGUGUAAGAUUUAAGUGAAAGGGAUAUAUUGACAUAUUUUAUGUAAAAUAAUUCUAGUGAUGUUUUCAUGAGUGUGAAUACUUAAUAUUUACAUCGGGAGGGGUCCUCUAUGGAGGUCCCCAUGAUACUUGUAGUUGCCCAGACUGGAAAAACUAAACACCAUUUGAGUUGUUAUGAAAACUGAAGCUUACCAUAGGUUAUUUUUCAUGUUUGGAAAGGGAGGAUGUGGUGAGGGGUAUUCAGUUGCCACUAGCAACUUCACCACUUUAUGUCACUAAAUUCUACACGCUGCAACUUUAAAGGUUCCACUAUUGAGUAGGCUGAUAGUCUGAAGUGACUCUUUUGGCAGCACAGGAAGUAGCACAAGAAACUUUGUGUCACGAUAACCUUAAAAAUGUAUGCUAAUCUUUAACAAAACAUAAUGCUUCAUAACCAGUUCUUUAUUUUUAUACAUGAAAUCUCCAUCGAUGAAAAGUAGUGUAAAAUUCAUCUGCAGCUUUUUUUCAGAUAAAAAGCUUGACUUUAUACUAAAAACACUGUCGGUCAUUUGAUGCUCGUCCUUGUAAGAAUAUUUUCAGAGAGCCGUUAGAUCUCUGCAGGUCUGGUACUGACACACACAGACAUACUGUCGCCAUUCAUUGACAUGCAUACAUUCCUUUCCUGGAGAUAAAUUACAACUUGCCUUGCUCCUAGCCUAACCUAACCUUUUCUUAACCUCUCCCUAACCUUACUAUAAACUUAACCUGAACCUAAACUUACUCUAACCUGAACCUAAACCGGAAGUUAACCUAACCCUAACCGUACCUUAAUCUUAACCCUACCUUACUAUAACCGUAAUCUAAACCUAUCCCCUGACUAUACAUAACUUCCCCAUGUUAUUGGGGCUUGCCUUUUGUCCCCACAUUGUGACUGUGAACAGAUCAAGGGUCUCACUAGUUUCUGUAUUUAACUAAAGCUUUGAAAUUAGGCUGUUGUGCUCACUGCUUCUGUCUUCAAAACAUGUUAUCACACACACUUGUUCGACCUUGAGAUAACUUGAGUUUUCUCCUUUUAAAUGCACAACUUCUGUUUUCUCCUUCCUGUGGGUUUAAUGUGAACACGUCUUCAUUUAAAAGAAAUGUAAUUAGAAACCCAACCCUGUGUAAUUAACGACAUUCCAAAGUGACACUAAGAUGAAACCUCUUAGCGAGUGUGUAAGGCUGUUCAUUCACAAGCUGGACAUAUGCUUCUUGACUGCUUUAGCUUAGCUAAUAAAAGCUAUACAUUUGCAUCCAAAUCCAGGAAAAAACA